AGCUGGUGAAGAAAUGACGAAAGCCAACGACUCAGACUCUGCCUCGGAAGCCUCGGUGGAGGGCUACUUCUUGACGAGGGGAGCCUUCCUGCUCACCCCUAGCCACGACCUCAACAUGGACAAGGCCGCCUCCAUCCUCGACAAGAUGAACUUCAAGGGGCCCUUCUCCCUCACCAAGACGGCAACCGGCAUCCUCUUCAAGUUCGCCGACCCCGACGACUACAUGAUCACCUACAAGAAAGGCUUUCACAAGGUCACGGGAGCCAGGUUCUACAAGAAAAUACCAAUCCCAUGCAGACCUCAGAAGACUUUCGUGGUACUGGUCUUGGAUGUACCAGAGGACCUGCCCGAAGAAGACAUCCGCCAUUCCCUCUACAAGUUCCAGUCAGUAGUUGAGGUCUCCAGGGUCCAGUCUAUUCCAAUAGCUCAAGCAGAGAAAGGCGAGAAAACAAUCACAUCAGGUGGAGUUUCCUCGACUCCUAGUAAAUCGGAGAGUGGUGGCUACUCCCCUCCUUUAGUCAGGAUCACCUUGGCUUCCCUAGACGAGUGCCACAACCUGCUCCAGAACGGGCUCGACUUCUACGGGGCCACUUACUUCCCGACGGAGCCUGGUCCGAACAACGCCCUCCUCAAAGUCAUCAACAAGAAAUCACCGCACUAUCUUUCUAGUCGCUUAAAUGACAGCGGUGCUCGAGUGAGGGAUCUUUUACCAGUUUUUGAUGCAGCCGGAUUCGCCAAAUUCCCACCGCCUCCAACGAAAACAGUCAAGCCAAGAAUGUGAAAUGAAGAAAAAAUAUAUUAUAAGUCGUGAUGGAAAAUAAAAUACUAACAAAUAACAACAAUAUUUAUGACAAUAACUGUAUGUAUUAAAAGUUUAAAAACAAAGCUGUAUUGUAUUCGCAAUAUGCUUGUGACCUAAAUGGAGACAAAUUUGAAUUAAUAAUUUGAAGAAAAAAAAAUUGUUAACAUUUAGUUUAUUAAGUCGUACAGUACUAAUAAUAUUUUUACCGGUAUGCAUGUUUCAUUAAUGUACAAUAUAUAACUGAAACAUUUUCAGAAUAUGAUGCAUGCGAUUUGUUCCUAAAACUUUGUUAAUUUUAUUAAAUAAAAAUUUAAUUUUGUGA